GGGAUUUAACGGCGAGAUCGCAACGUUGCGCACAUUAUGGCAAGUGUUGCACGAGUCUACACGAACGCUUGUACGGAGAGAGCACAAGACUACUGGGAUUAUGACAAUUUGCUCCUGCAGUGGAAUGCUCAGGAUAACUAUGAGAUUGUUAGGAAGGUGGGGCGAGGAAAGUACUCGGAGGUCUUUGAAGGAGUGAACGUGGCAAAUGACCAAAAAUGCUGCAUCAAAGUCUUGAAACCCGUCAAGAAGAGAAAGAUAAAGCGAGAGAUCAAGAUUCUCCAAAACCUCGCUGGCGGGCCAAAUAUCAUUGGUCUCCUCGACAUUGUACGGGAUCCUCAAUCGAAAACUCCCGCACUCAUUUUCGAACACAUCAACAACAUUGAUUUCAAAGUUCUCUACCCCAAAUUGACAGACCAUGAAGUCCGAUAUUACAUAUUCGAGUUGCUCAAAGCCUUGGAUUUCUGUCACUCGCGAGGAAUUAUGCAUCGGGACGUCAAACCUCAUAACGUGAUGAUUGAUCAUGAGAAGAAGCAAUUGAGGCUGAUUGACUGGGGACUGGCGGAGUUUUAUCACCCGGGAGCAGAGUAUAAUGUCAGAGUCGCGUCGAGGUACUUCAAAGGACCAGAACUUUUGGUGGAUUUUCAAGAGUACGACUACUCUCUGGACAUGUGGAGUUUGGGUUGCAUGUUUGCGAGCAUGAUAUACCGAAAGGAGCCCUUCUUCCACGGACAUGACAAUUAUGAUCAGCUCGUGAAAAUCGCCAAAGUUUUGGGAACAGAAGAGCUAUUUGCCUACUUGGAAAAGUACAAUAUUCGACUGGAUUCUCGAUUUGACACUAUUCUCGGAAGAUACCCACGCAAGUCAUGGAGGCGAUUUGUAACUGCCGAAAAUGAACGAUAUAUAUCGGAUGAGGCGCUUGACUUUUUGGACAAGCUCCUGCGAUACGACCACCAAGAACGAUUGACACCGCAAGAAGCCAUGAUGCAUCCUUAUUUUGACCCUGUACGGCCAAAGGAUUUCAAGCCAGGGGAGCUAAAUGCAUAGGGAUACGCGAGAUUUGUAUAGCCUAAUUAUCUUUUGUAUGCGUACGGACGCUGCGGCACAGGAUUUUUGGCGAUGGUCUAGGAUACGUAUUUCUUGGUGAUAGGAGGAACUGUAAUUAUAUUCGAAUAAAUGCCGCUAUCACAGAGGAGGAGA